CAGUUAGUUAGAAGAGCCCAGCUGAUCACAGAGCACUGGAUGGGGAUCUAUUUUCUGCUGUUAGUUGCAGGGCUUUGUUGGGGGCAGUACAACCCCAACACUGUCCCCAAGAGAACCUCCAUUGUGCAUCUCUUUGAAUGGCGCUGGCAGGAUAUUGCUGAGGAGUGUGAACGCUACUUAGCUCCUAAUGGAUUUGGAGGAGUUCAGAUUUCACCUCCAAAUGAAAAUGUUAUCAUUACUGACCCCCGGCAACCCUGGUGGGAAAGAUACCAGCCUGUCAGCUACAAGCUGUGCACAAGGUCUGGAAAUGAAACUGAAUUUAAAGACAUGGUGACCCGGUGCAACAAUGUUGGAGUGCACAUUUACGUGGAUGCAGUAAUCAACCAUAUGUCUGGAGCUAAUGCUGGGGCUGGUGACCAUGCUACUUGUGGAAGCUAUUUCAAUGCAAAGACUGAAGAUUUCCCAGCUGUGCCCUAUUCUGGCUGGGACUUUAACGAUCAUAAAUGUAAAUCUAGAAGUGGAAACAUUGAGAAUUAUCAUGAUAUAUCUCAGGUCCGGGACUGCCGUGUGACCGGCCUUCUGGAUCUGGCCCUGGAGAAGGACUAUGUGCGCUCCAAGAUUGCAGAAUACAUGAACCAUCUCAUUGACAUUGGUGUAGCAGGAUUCCGAAUUGAUGCUGCCAAGCACAUGUGGCCUGGGGACAUAAAAGCAUUUCUGGACAAGCUGCAUAAUCUGAACACUCAAUGGUUUUCUGCCGGAAGUAGACCUUUCAUUUACCAGGAGGUAAUUGAUUUGGGUAGCGAGCCCAUCAAAGGCAGCGAGUACUUUGGAAAUGGCCGAGUGACAGAAUUCAAAUACGGUGCCAAACUGGGAACAGUGCUCCGCAAGUGGAACGGAGAAAAGAUGGCCUACUUAAAGAACUGGGGAGAAGGCUGGGGCUUUGUGCCUUCUGACAGAGCCCUGGUCUUUGUGGAUAAUCACGACAACCAGAGAGGACACGGGGCUGGUGGAGCUUCUAUUCUAACCUUCUGGGAUGCCAGGCUCUAUAAAAUGGCAGUUGGCUUCAUGCUUGCCCAUCCUUAUGGGCUCACACGUGUGAUGUCAAGUUUUCGCUGGCCAAGAUAUUUUCAAAAUGGAAAGGACGUCAAUGACUGGUACGGACCCCCAAGUAACGCAGAUGGCUCCACAAAGGCCGUCACCAUCAACGCGGACACGACCUGUGGCAACGACUGGGUUUGUGAACAUCGCUGGCGUCAAAUCAGGAACAUGGUUAUCUUCCGUAACGUGGUGGAUGGUGAGCCUUUCUCCAACUGGUGGGACAAUGGCAGCAAUCAAGUGGCUUUUGGCCGUGGUAACAAAGGCUUCAUCAUCUUCAAUAAUGAUGACUGGCCCUUGAAUGUAUCUCUGCAAACCGGUCUGCCUGCUGGCACUUACUGUGAUGUCAUUUCUGGGCAAAAGGAAGGUGACUUCUGUACAGCAGUUGAAGUACAUGUUGCUGCUGAUGGCAUGGCUAAUUUCCUAAUUGGGAAUGAAGACCAAGACCCAUUUAUUGCCAUUCAUGUUGAUGCUAAAUUGUAACCGGAUGUGUUGUACAUGUGCUGUUCCUUCUCCUCUGUAUCUUUGUUAACAGCAAACAGAUGUGCAGAAUGUCCUGCCUCUCAGGACUGCAUGAACCGAGACAGAGCAAAGUGUGUUAGCUGUGUUACCAAUGAAAUAGUGAGCAGCUGCUGUACA